AUGUCUGAAUACGACUUCUCACUCUGUGAGCACAACUGGUCUCUUGCAAGAUAUCUUGGUUUCCCCAUACCAUCGCCCACUUCCAUGUCACCGCCUCGAUUUGAUGAAGAAAUGCCCGAUUCCAUCCCAAGCUCAACGCCUCCAGCCAAAAGAUCUGUCCAAACCCCAACUUCCAGUCCAACGUCCCGGCGUAAACGUCAGAAGCCAUCCUCGGUAGCAAAUACUCCAACCUCCACGACCGUUAAUUACAAGUCGCCUGAUUAUGUCCGAGAAUUGAUUGCCAGAGGUGUACAGCAAUCCAAUGGAAAGCCAACAGAAUACCACAUGAUGGUAGCACAACUCGAGGACCGUCCAGCAAAUUGGGAGGACCUUCCCAGCAGAACCCUGGAUUCCUUUGACGUGAUCAUUCGGAGUGCCGGAAAUGAGGGCAGCAUUCAGGGGGGCAUUAUCCCUCCCUUGAUGAACUACAUUGGGUUGAUAUUAAGCCCAGAAACACUGGCUGUAAUGGACAUACCAUUUAGCAAACAGUGUCAACUGCCUAUCCAAUUUCCACUCGACGAAAACUCGAAGAGCAUCCCAGCUCCGUACCCUGACAUCUCUGUUGGUCUCCGUCGAAGCCAGUUCUUGGAUUAUGAACCAGCCCUUCACCACCUCAACCACAUUGCUUCGCCUAUUUCAAAGACUCCGGACCUUAUAUUCCCAUGCUUUGCUCUCGAGGCGAAAGGUGACAGUGGAGGCAUGGAUGCAGAAACACAGAACCGGCACAACACAGCGAAUAUGUUAUUCAACCUGAGACAGCUUUCGGUUCUCGCAAAUGGUGAAGAAGCUACGCACUUAUCAUUUGACGGAGUUAUCAAAGCUUGUUCGGCCACAGUAACGCAACAGGCGAUGACCAUCUUUUGUCACUGGAUUGAGCAGAACAAGAACACACAGAACCUGAUAUUCUACUCGCAUUCGGUGAAAUCUGUCGCUUUCGGUGCAAUGUCGUAUCAGGAUUGGAAUCGCGCCUCGAUGUACUUGCAGAAUGCCAUUUCCUUCACGGUCCAGAAGACAAUGAGUCAAGUCAAUAAGGACUUGCCAAGAUGGAAUGAGGAAAUAUUCCGACAUCGGUUGAAAGAAGAGAAUCAAGACCAGCAUGCAAUACCUACCACGACUCCUUCAAGCCCCAAAUGCAGCCAUCAGGAAAGCAAGGAAUGA